AUUUCAAUCAGUUCAGAAUUUGCAGCGAAAGCGGCAACAGCUUCAAACACGUAAAGUUCUUUAACUUCGAAGAAGAAAGUCUGCUAAUCCUCGCGAGAAAAUGGCAUCCGUACGCACCAUGAACGACUACCACAAGCGCAUCGAGGCGGCCGACGACAAGCUAAUCGUGCUGGACUUCUAUGCGACGUGGUGUGGUCCCUGCAAGGAAAUGGAGAGCACCGUCAAAUCGCUGGCCAGAAAGUACUCCAGCAAGGCGGUGGUGCUCAAGAUCGACGUGGACAAGUUCGAGGAGCUGACGGAGCGCUACAAGGUGCGCAGCAUGCCCACCUUCGUCUUUCUGCGCCAGAAUCGCCGCCUGGCCUCCUUCGCCGGCGCCGACGAGCACAAGCUGACCAAUAUGAUGGCCAAGCUGGUGAAGGCCUAAGCGCAAUCCUGCCCAGCUAAGUCAGCAAUCAGCAAUCGGCGGCGCAUCUGAAUUUUUAUUUAUUUUUCUGCCUAUUUAACGCAUCUUUUAACCAUGUUCGCCUCAUUGUGUUCUUUAUGUAUUCGAUGUUAUGUGUAUGCUCAUGUGAUGUUUAGCUUGUAAGCGCGAGAUGUGGCAGCAGGCGAUGCAGUGCAGCCACCAGCAGUGACCAGAUGAUGUGCGAUUUGGGGCGCAAAGGCGUGUCUGCGACACGCAAUCCCGCCCAGUAGCUUUAAGAUAUCAGGCACUAGGCAGCAAUUCGAUCAAUAAAUUGUAACCACUCUGGACUAAGAAAUGAUAAA